AUGGGCUCCGUGUCCAACCAGCAGUUUGCAGGUGGCUGCACCAAGGCGGCAGAAGAGGAGCCGGAGGACGCGGCCCGGGCGGUGGAGGAACCGCAGCUGCUGCACGGGGCCGGCAUCUGUAAGUGGUUCAACGUACGCAUGGGGUUCGGCUUCCUGUCCAUGACCGCCCGCGCUGGGGUCGCGCUCGACCCCCCGGUGGACGUCUUUGUGCACCAGAGUAAGCUGCACAUGGAGGGCUUCCGGAGCCUAAAGGAGGGAGAAGCAGUGGAGUUCACCUUUAAGAAGUCUGCUAAGGGCCUGGAAUCGAUCCGUGUCACAGGACCUGGUGGGGUGUUCUGUAUUGGGAGUGAAAGACGGCCAAAAGGAAAGAACAUGCAGAAGCGCAGGUCAAAAGGAGACAGGUGCUACAAUUGUGGCGGCCUAGACCAUCAUGCCAAGGAAUGCAAGCUGCCACCCCAGCCCAAGAAGUGCCACUUCUGCCAGAGCAUCAACCAUAUGGUAGCUUCAUGUCCCCUGAAGGCCCAGCAGACCCCCGGCUCUCAGGGAAAGCCAGCCUACUUUCGAGAGGAAGAAGAAGAGAUUCACAGCCCUGCCCUGCUCCCAGAGGCCCAGAAUUGA